CCCUGCGCCGCAUGCACUGCCCUGCGUGCCGGGGCCCAGGCGCAGAGCCGCACUGCAGACUGGGCUGGACACAGUAGCAGCAAUGCUGCAGGUAAGGUGCAGCUGGGUCGCAUCUUCCGACCCUGCUGUGUGCUGGAACACCGGGGCCCAGCGUGCUGGAUGCCCCCAUGUCCCUGCUCCAGCUGCCUCUCUCCUAGCGCUGAGCACGGCUGAUAUAAGAUGGGGUGUCCUAGGGGCUGGCCGCGGGCUGCCCUUGCCCUCCUGCUGCUGCUGCUGCUCAGCCUCCUGGCGCUCUGCUUGGCAGCACUGGAGGAACUGGACCCCACCACUGACGGGCAGCCGCGAGCAGCGUGCACCCUGCAGGAGGGGGAGAGUCGUAUCUUCACCUGCUGGGUUCCCCGGCCAGUCCCCGGUGCCACACUGGCCUGGUACCUCAACGGUCAGAAACAGGAAGUCAACCUCUCGACUGCAGGCACUGACAGCAUCCUCACCCUCAAUGGCCAGCACUCCGACCACCAGCUCAACUGCUCCCUGACCAACCCGACCUCCAGUGAGACCUACAACACCUCCAUCCUUCUCAAUGUGCAGUGUAAGGUCCGCGGUGCCAGCCUGCUCCAGACCGGGAUGUGGGAAGGGCAUGUGGGACCCCUAUCCAGCUCGGGCAGGACCAUAACCCAUACCCAUGACAGCCACAGUAGGGCAGCAUCUUGUCAGUCUUGUGCAAAUGAGGUAGACAAGAGCUUGUCUACUCAGGCAAGACAAAUCCUGCUCCUAGCUGUGUUGCCCUCAUCCCUCCUGCCCAGCUCACUGCCUGUUUUUUACCCAGAUAAGCCAGAGAUCCUGCGGGAAGGCGCCCGCUACCAGCAGGUCGAGGACACUGGCCUUCUCCUGGUGCUUUUUGUGCUGGUGCAAGCCAAUCCACCCACCAGCAUCACCUGGGUGGACCAGGAUGGGCAUGUGAUGGCCAACACCUCCAAGUUUCUCCUCCUGGGUACCACAAGCUACCCAGGGCUGGCCAACCACUCGCUCCACAUCCAUCUCAGCUGCACAGCUGGAAACCUCUCCGUCAGUGCAGCCAAUAGUGUGGGCAUCACCACUGCCUCCCUCCUGCCCACAGGUCUGCUGGAUGCCCGUGUGGAGCUGCCUGUCCUGGGUGUUGCCAUUGGAGCAGCCCUGGCCCUAGCCGCCCUGCUCAGCCUGGGGUCCUGUGCUGCCUGCCUGGCAUGCCACUUGCCCAAGCUUGUGCAAGGUCCCGGGCAAGCAGGAGGGAACAGCCCACCCAGCCAAUGCUCCCAUUGCAGCAGCUCUGAGCCACCGCAGCCCCAGGGCACACGUCUGCCCCGCCAGACCCGGUCCCUGCCACCCAACCUGCGCCUGGGUGAUCUUGCACAGGAAGAUGGAGCUUCCCCCAAGGAUGCAGGAGCUGGUGCUAAGGGAGAAGAGACUGCCCUGCUGGAACUGGAAAACUCCCUGGUCUUCAGCAAGCUUGGUUUUGUCCAGCUCCCAAAGUCCGGGCGCAUCUACAAAGUGCCGAGCAUGAGCAGUGAUGAGAUCUGGCUGUGAGCUGCGGUGUGGUGCCAGUGAGACAGGGCUGCCCAGCACCAGGUAUGUACCUGGAGCUGAGCAGCUGAGGGUGCCAGGAAAGCCAUGAUGGGAAGCAGGAGCUGACCAGCCUCAGCUCUGUGCUAUGCUAUGCAAUGCAGGGCUUGGGAGCUAUGCUGUCAGCCAAGACAUGGUUUUAUGUAGUCCAUGAA